AUGUCCGUAAUUGUUGGACAAGCUUUUGAACAUUUUCCCAAGAAGCAGAUCAUCAGCCCAAAUGCUGACGUGGGUGGAUGGAGUUUCCUACAAUCUCUCUGCGAAACCAAAGGCAUUGUGGGGAACAAAGAAGACAACACAAAGAAAACAGCUUACGUCCACCCAGUUGAGAAGCGUUCCGUGUCAAACCUGAGCCUUGAGAUGUGCACAGAGACUCUCGGGACUGAGAAUGGGAGUGACAGUGGAGACGAUAUCUCGUUGCUUGCUCUCGACGCAACCAAGAUCCCGACGAGUCCUCUUACUACGAGACCUCAAGAAGAGACUAACUAUACGGUACGUGAAAGCAGUUUUCCUCCGCCGCUAAACUCCGACCAUAGCCGAAUGGUGAAAUCGUAUACAGAAGACGGUCGUCUUGUAGUUCAAGCGAUUAAGGUUUGUUCACCACCUCGUUGCUUUUUAUCUGAACGUUGCGAAGGAAGGCUUCGUCUCUGUUUAUCGGAGGAUUCUUCGCUUAGCAACGAUGAAGAUGAAGAGUUUGAAGAAAAUAAUACCGAAUUCGGAUCCCGUGACGAAGAUGAAGAUGAAGAAAAAGAAGAAGAACUUGACGAUGCAGAGGAAGAAGAGGGCAUUGUGGGGGAUAUUGAGAAGUUUGAGGGUAAAACUAGAAACAAAAAGUUUACAAGGCCAAUAAGGAGAUGCCAUGAAAAUGGUCGUGAGCCUAAAACAAUGCUCAACUGGAAGCAGCAGCAAUUUUGGGUGACGAGUUAA